AUGCAGAGCCUGGGUCGCGAGCUGGGCAGCCCGCCGGCGGACGGCAUCUCGAACGUGCGCUUCUCGAACCACUCGGACCACCUCCUCGUCGCCUCCUGGGACUCCGUGAGUGCCUCCUGGGACUCCGUGAGUGCCGCCUGGGACUCCGUGAGUGCCGCCUGGGACUCCGUGAGUGCCGCCUGGGACUCCGUGAGUGCCGCCUGGGACUCCGUGAGUGCCGCCUGGGACUCCGUGAGUGCCGCUUGCGCCGUGCCUCUGCUGUGGCGGUGCACCGUGGGAUGGGAUGCUGUGAGUGGAUUCUCCAACCACUCGGACCGUGAGUGGAUUCUCCAACCACUCGUCGCCUCCGGGGACUCCGUGAGUGCCUCUUGCCGUGUGCCGUGCUGUGAGUGCCGCCCGCUCUCACCCAUCCACACGCUGCACGCAUGCCAUCGUGAGUGCCGCCUGCUGUGCCAACCUGCGGCUAACCUGCGGCUGUACGAUGCGGGCGCCAACACGCUGAGAGGCACGUUUCCCCGCCGUGGGCCGGUGCUGGACUGCUGCUUCCACGACGACAGCUCCGGCUUCGCUGGCAGCGCUGAUCAAUCCGUGGUGCGGUACGACUUCAAUGUGGGGAGGGAGGACGUGCUGGGGCACCACCAGGGGGCUGUCAAGUGCGUUGAGUACUCGCAUGCCACUGGCCAGCUGAUAACGGGCGGGUGGGACCGCACAGUGCGCUGCUGGGACCCGCGUGCCCCUGCCUCCCACCUGCGCCUCACAGUCACGGCCGAACAACCCGAGCGAUGCUACUCCAUGUCUCUCGCCGCGCACCGCCUCGUGGUGGCCAUGGCGGGGCGCCACGUGUCCAUCUAUGAUUUGCGCAACAUGUCGCAGCCGGAGCAGCGCCGGGAAUCUUCACUGAAGUUUCAGACGCGGUGUGUGCGGUGCUACCCCACCGGCACGGGGUAUGCCCUGGCGUCCGUGGAGGGGCGGGUGGCCAUGGAAUUCUUCGACCCUUCUGAGACAGCCCAGGCCAAGAAGUAUGCAUUCAAGUGUCAUCGGAGGUCAGAGGGAGGGAGGGACACGGUCUUCCCAGUCAACGCCAUCGCCUUCCAUCCAAUAUACGGCACGUUCGCCACAGGGGGAUGUGACGGGGUGGUGAACAUCUGGGAUGGCAACAACAAGAAGCGCCUCUACCAGUACGCCAAGUACCCCACGAGCAUCGCAGCGCUCUCCUUCUCACGUGAUGGCCGCCUGCUGGCCGUGGCAGCCAGCUACACCUUCGAGAUGGGCGACAUCCCGCACGAGAGGGACGCCAUUCACAUUCGCAACGUGAACGAUGCAGAAGUCAAGCCCAAGCCCAAGGCCUACAGCACUGCCACAGUGUUUGGCAGCGCCGCUUGUCACCUUCCUAGGAUUCCUGACGGUUCCGCCGUCUACAUCGUUCGCUUGAAUGCCGCGCCUCCCCUUUGCGAAUACCGCGGCGGAAUUGCGGGCUACCCUGCCACGGCCACGUGGGACGACGGCAGCGACGAGGAGGACAGUGAUGCCGUGCCGCAGAUGAUUCUCCCCGCCGAAGAUACCGCCGCCGCCGCAGGCGGCGAAACCGUCGAUCUGGACGACACCGACGGCGACCAGCUUCUCUCAAACGCAUCGGCGCCAUCCCUGCCCGCAAACGGCACAUCUGACGCCGCUGCCACUCCCAGCGCUCGCGGCGGUCGCGGUGGCAGUGGUAACGGUAACGGAGUUCGUAACGGUGGCGGCGGUUUCCCGCGGCACCGGCUGAGUCUGAGCAUGGACCGCCCCCAGGUGGCAGCGUUCGCGGGGCUGCUGCAGCGGCAGCAGGCGCAGGUGGCAUCUGAAGCGGGCGUACCCGAGGACGGGCUGCUCAUCGCGGAAAAGACAAGUUCCGAAAGUGACGUAAUUGUGACCUUUCCGUCACUUUAA